CGCCGGUACAACGAAGACGGCUACCUCUUCCUCAAACACCUGCUUCCCCGCGCCGACGUGCUGCGGGCCCGAGAAUCCUACUUCCGCAUGCUCGCCCCCAGCGGCGUCUUGAAACCCUCCACUCCCCCCGUCCUCGGCCAAUUCGACACUUCCAAACCCUCUUCGUCCUACCCGGGCAUCGGCGCCGGUGCAACACCCAACAACGGGAAGCCAGGCGCAGAUGGCACCGCUUCUCUAUUCGUGGAUCUAGCGCUCCAGGCGCAUUAUGCAGAGUGGUAUAAAGAGGAGUUUUGUAAACACCCUGUGUUGAGGGAUUUUGUGGCCGAAUUGACGGGGUGGGGAGCGGAUACGCUGAGUGUGAAGCGCAGUUUGCUGAGGAACAAUACGCCGGGGAAUAAGGCGAUUGGCGUACAUUAUGAUCAGAUUUUUCUGAGAAAGGGCGAGGAUACGAGUGUGACUGCUUGGGUGCCCAUGGGAGAUAUUGGGUUGACGGGCGGUGGGCUGAUUUAUCUCGAGAAUGGACAUCAUCUUGGGAGGGAGAUAGAAGAGGAAUUCACGCGCAAGGCACGCGAAUCAGGGUUGACGGAGGAGGAGACCAAGGAUGCGUUUAACAAGAAUAUGAUGUCUAAUGGCUUGCUUGCUGAUGGGCCGAAAGAGUACUCAGAGACGUUUGGGAGGAGGUGGUUGGUCACAGAUUAUGAAGCGGGGGAUGUGGUGUUGCAUACGCCUUAUACUAUCCACGCUUCGACGAUGAAUUACGAUCCCAACGACAUCAUUCGAGUAGGUACGGAUUUACGAUUCGUGAAUGGAAGUAAGCCCUGGGACAAGCGGUGGGACAAGGAUUAUGAAUUCGAUGACGGAGUUUGA